GGGGGUGUGGGGGGUGUGGUGCGCCGGGAGCUGCCGCUGGCUUGGGGCGGAGGGGCCGUAGGUGCAUGGGGCGGUGGGAGGGGGCGGUGUCCGGGGAGGCGCAUCAGCCGCCGCCGUCGUCGCGGGGUCCCUCCCCUCCGGCGGCCCGGGCCCCGCGGGGAGCGGCGCGGCGGGGAUGAGGCGAGCCGCCUCGCACCCAACAUAGCGGCGCGGCCGCCUCCGCCAUGAAGCGGAAGAGCUGGUCCGAGGCCCGGCGCCGCGCAACCCCGGCCCCGCCGGCUCUGAAGAGAACUCGGGGAGCGGUGUCGCGGACAGCGGGGGGCGAAGUGGAGCGGCGGCAGCCGCCCCCCGCUGGACCGGAGACCUGCCUCAGGAUCGCCGAUCGCCUUUAUUUUGCAAUUCUCUGCCGAAAACCAAAGAGUGGAGCUGCAAAUACCCAUUAUUUCUGCAUAGAUGAUGAAUUUGUAUAUGAGAACUUCUAUGCAGACUUUGGACCACUCAAUCUGGCAAUGGUCUACAGAUACUGCUGCAAGCUAAAUAAGAAAUUAAAGGUAACACUUGGGUUUUUUAUAAUAUACCUGAGAGAAUCCCCAGAAGACGUGUACAGGCUUAUAUUGUCUGGAAGCGUUUCGUAUCUUCCUUUCAGGGAUGCUUCAUUUGGUACUUGCAGUUUUCAUCUGACACUGCUAGACUGUUUUCAUGCAAUAAACAAGGCUUUGCAGUACGGUUUCCUGGAUUUCAAUACGUUUGAUGUAAAUGAAUAUGAGCAUUAUGAAAGAGCAGAAAAUGGAGAUUUUAACUGGAUAAUACCAAACAAAUUCAUUGCCUUCAGUGGACCUCAUUCAAGAAGUAAAAUUGAAAAUGGCUAUCCCCACCAUGCUCCAGAGGCUUAUUUCCCAUACUUCAGGAAACAUAAGGUCACCACUAUAGUACGCCUCAACAAAAAACUGUAUGAUGCCAAACGAUUUACAGAUGCUGGAUUUGAGCAUUUUGACCUCUUCUUUGCUGAUGGAAGCACACCUAGUGAUACUAUAGUUAAAACAUUUCUAAAUAUUUGUGAAAAUGCUGAAGGUGUUAUAGCCGUUCAUUGCAAAGCUGGUCUUGGGCGAACUGGUACACUUAUUGCCUGUUAUAUUAUGAAGCAUUAUCGGAUGACAGCUGCUGAAACUAUUGCCUGGAUUAGAAUAAAUAGACCUGGUUCAGUGAUUGGACCACAACAACACUUCCUGAUGGACAAACAGGCAGAACUUUGGACAGAAGGAGAUAUUUUCCAUGCAAAGUUGAAAGGAAACCGUAAGAUUGCUGUAACAAGAAUUCUGUCAGGAGUAGAUGAUAUUUCAAUUAAUGACAUGAGAAACAGGCGAACUAUCCGAAAGGACAUUGAACUGUACAGCGAUGAAGAUGAAACAAACUGUGUAACACAAGGUGAUAAGCUGCGUGCUCUGAAAAGCAGAAGGCAGUCAAAAGCUCCAACUGCAUCUCCGCUAACAGUAAUUCUGCAGUCCAGUGUUCAGAAAAGUAGAACCUCUGAACCUAGCAUUUCUGACAGUACAGACAUUACUAAAAGAACUACCAGGUCUACUGCAAGAAAAAACAAUUUAAAAAGCAGCCAAUCCAUCCCAAGGGCUAGAACAGUAUUGCGUUAAAUUUCAAAUAAGCAACCAGUGUUGAAGAGGAUAUUCAAGAAUGAAGGGGACAUGACUAAAGGGGAUGUAAUGCAAUUCAAGGAAGAUUACUUUGGCUCCAUCUUUUAGCAAAAGUGAAACAGAAGAAUCUCUUCCAUACUCGUAGAAUAAAAUGAACUGUCAACAUGCGUGGUAGACGUGUUCCUAAUGUGCUAAGACCUUCUCAGACAAAACCAACAAAAUCUAUGUACAUUUAAACUCAGGUGUAAAUACUUAAGCUCUCUAUUAUAAAGAGGGCUUGCUAGUAUGUAUGAUGCAUGUGUAUAAAUUGUGAUGGCAAUCACUUAGCUGCUGACCACCAGAAAUUAAAAGAUGGUGGGAGCUUUUAAAUAUAUAAAUCUGUGUUGUCCAUUCAGACUGGGCUCAAGUCUCCACUUGGGUCUGAAAAUCAACCACAAUAGCUUUUUUCUUAUAGUAUUGGUACUCUCCUGUGUUAAUGGGCUGUUCUUUCUUAUUUUGUAUGAAGUUUUUUAUGAAGCCGCAGUACUGAGUACACAAAGUGACUAUUGUCCACCAAAGAGUGCUUUAUUUUCAAGGGUUGUGUGGUUUGUUUAUUUUUAAAUACACUAACUGUGAUUAACUUGUUUUUAAUAGUAAUAGAUAUUUAGUUGUUCACAACCAAUGGCACUUUUAACUAGUUGCAAUUGCUUUAAAUCUGGUACGAUUUCAAGGGGGGGGAAAAACAAUUUACCAUUUAAAGGAGUGCCGUCAUAUUGAAAUGUCAUUACUGUUUCUUUCCCUAUCUUCAAGUCUUUUAGGUGAAACUUCAGAUUAGCAUACCUAAUAGGUAAGAUUUUUUCCCAGGUUUUAUUGGUACACUUGACAUCUGUAUGUCAAGUGCACAGUGACAUGUGGAUGUCACUGUUUUUUAGCUUUGAGACACUUAAUGAGUGCAGCACACUAAAAAGGGAAAAUAGGCUUGCGGUACAGCUGAGAUUGGUAGUGGAACUCAGGGGUGAGAAUAGUUUUUUAACAUCUAAUUAACACUUUAAAAACUACAGCUUCUCUCUGUUAAAAAGCAGUGUAAUUUUUAGAGAGAGCUGUCUGACGAUUUCAUCCACUACAAGACUGUCUUCAAACACUGGCAGCAUUUUUUCCCUAUCACUUUCCGCAUUAUGAAAUCUCAAAGCUGAAGUUUAUAGCUGCAUAUCCCUCAGACGAGGACUGUUACCACAUAGCCUUAAAUAUGAUAGAGUUAUGUGUUGCUUUAGUGACUCUUAACAGUAGAAAAAACAGAAGAAAUUGAGACAUCUGAAAUGUUAGCAGUGGAAUAACGGAAGAUUUUAAAUAUACAGAUUACCUCUGCACAGGGAAGAAUUUUCUUUUUAUGAAUGUAAGUGGGCAAGUUUGGUGACUAGUUUAAAUCUACAUCCUUUUAAAUUAAAAUUAAACUGUUAGGCUGGUGAUUUUUGAAUUCCAAUAUGAAUAACCACACACUGGCUUGAAAACAUUUUGUGGCAAAAGCAUCAUGAGUUGGAGAGGAAGCAAGAUGUAAGCUUACUUACUAUCUGUGAGUUUGGAUAGUCAAAAUCUGCAAAUACAGAUAAAACAGAAAAGGCUUAUAUGGUGCAAAAUAAAGGACCACUGAGGCUCAGAUUUUGUUUUCCUCUUACUCUUAACCCUCACGACCAUUUUCUUUCAAGUGAAAGCACAUAAAAGAGAGGGACUGAAUUCACCCUGAUACAGUGAUUAAAAUUUGUAUUUUUCUUCUUGUUUCUUUUUUUUAAGCCGUUUGCCCAAAAGCUGAAGUACAGGUAACUACAGUAGUAGAUAUGUUAUGCAAACAUGAACCUGUGUUUAUUUUUGACAGAAAUUCUUACCUUGGAAGGCAGAAGGGAUGUAACUAGUGAUGUGAGAGGAUGAGAGUCAAUACAAGAAGUAAUAUUUAUUGUGUUUGGCCUUAUGCUUCUCUCAGCUGAGCUUCCUGUUUUACCAUCUUUGUUCUAACCUAAAAAUAACCAGUCUAUUUCACACUCCUUAUGAAUUCCAAAUUGGAAUUUGCUUUUUUUAAAGUAACCAGCAUAGCCAUUAGCACUUUCAGGCUUAUCAGAAGUAAGCUUGCAUAAAACAAGUGCACAAACAUACACAACAGGAACUCUAGCUAAACCAAAACUGCAUGUUUGGCAUGAGUAUGUUUCAAGAUACCCCUUCCACCUCCCAGUAUCUUUGUGAGAAACAUAUAAAUAUCAAAGGCAUUUUACAUUUGAACUCUCCAAACAGCCUUAAAUGGAAAAUUAACUCAUUACCUCAUUGUGUCCCAUCUAAUUGUAUUGUUUAGUUUGUUCUUCUGAAUUUUUAGUAUUUUGUCUAGCAUUUUUAUUGUACCAUACCAAAGCUGUCUUAAGUGCAAGAACGAAGAGUGGGCAUGGGUGAGGGUUGGUGGGCAGGGUUUCUCAAUCUUUUUUGACUUAUAUGGGGUAGUAUGUGCCAAAAUGGAAUGUGUGGUGGUAGCUGCAUCACCAUUGCACCAUGGAGCAGCUGAAGGAAGUUAUUUCUGCAGUCAUCAAUUAGAAGUUUUCCCUUAGAAAUUCUUUCCCCCCUUUCAGAUAUAUGACAGAUGGAAUCUUCUUUGAUCUCUUACUCAAAAGUAUGCAACAUAUUCAAAAGCUGUAAUAUCUUGUGUCAAAUUGCUAGCUCCCAUUACAGCAUCAGCAUGUUAACUUGGAUGUUAACCCAUACGUUGUCUUUUUGCCCCAGUAUGACAAUAGAGGAAGUGCUGCUGAUUUAAAGCAAAAUAAAAUUUGUAGAGACUCGUGCAUUAAAAUGAAAAAAAAAGAAAAAUGUGAUGUUCACCAGUUUGUUGCACUGCAGUUUUUAUAGUAAUGGUUUGCAGACUGUUUGUCUUGCGUAAACUCAUGUACAGACUAUCAAGAUCUAAAAUUCCUGAUCUGUUCAUCCUGAUUAUUUUAAAAUUGUAUAUUUCUAAUCAUAUUUUUUUAACUUAGAUUGACAGUUUAUUUUGCUGACAGUAUUUUUAAGAUAAAGCUUCAUAUUAUCUUGUAAUAUUAAGUAGUUCAAUAUGCAUUUGUGUCUCAUGGGAAAAUAUUGCAUAUUGAUUUUAUACGAAAUACUGAAUAGUGAGAAUUGUAAACAUGAAUUGUGUAAAAUUAAACAUAAUAAGAAAUUGUUUUCUCAUUUUUAUUUCCAGUAUUCUAAAAAAUUCAGCACAAAAACAUCGUCUGUACCACACUGACUCAAAUGUGCUCUGAAAAAUAAUGCAAGAAUCUCAGCUGCCUGAAAACCUUUAAUUAAAGCACAAAUCCUUAAAAGAUACACUUGUUUAAUUUCAAACUUCGGACUCUACAUUUCAGGGGACUCACUUGGGAAAACAAUAGUAAUCGUACUUGAAUUGUUGGGAUACUGCUACCCAGUAAAAAAUAUGGGUAAGACAGAAAAAUGGAGUUCUAGUUAAUCUGUUUCCUUCCUCUGUAAUCAGAGUGCUCAUUUUUGGAAACAGGAAUCGUACUUCGAUACUUACCAUGAAAGUGAAGGCUUCUCAAAAGGAAAAACUAAACUUUCAGGAACACUUGUUCUUGCGUAAGAGUUGAUGGUGGUCUAGUUUAGUCUUUAAAAAGAAAAUCCAAACACAACAGCAAAAAAUAGGGACCAACUCAAAUGCUUCUGAUCACCCUUACCUCACCUACAUGAGAAAAUACAGAACUUGCGGGUACCAGGCAGAGCCGGUUUGACAAGCAAGUAAACUUUCACUUGUUCCAAAGAUACAUUUUAAACCUGCAUUCACCUGUUGAAAGGUGAACUCUUCUAAACUUAUAUGAAUGCUUAAACCACCUUUUCCUGAAAAAUGAGUUGCCUGCUGAGGAGUGAAUUUUGCCUGGGGAGACAUUGGUUUAUGCAUGUAAUGUCAGUUAAGCCCUAUGGUGUCAGUAGCCAUUUAAGGAGUACUGCACUGGACAGGGGAGGACAAAGGACUGAAAGAUCCUACAGAGAACAACUGACCAGUGGUCCAUGUCAAAUCUAUUGACAAAUCAGUAAGUGCACUGCAAGAGUAAGCUCUUUACAGUAUUUCUGAAUAACUUUGUUUUGGUUCUCUUUAGCCUCCUUUGCAUUACAGCUUCUACAUAGCGUAUGUGGGAGGAGAUAAAAAAUAGGCUACCGCAAAAUGGAUGUGCUGUUUAGAAAUACUCAAGGUUGUUGUUAAAGAGAAACUGCAUGCUUUAAGCCUAACUCACUGAGAGACUGUUGAGGGAGAGACAUCUGCUUUUUUCUUGCAUUAGUGUUUUUUGGGAUUGGUGUCACUUGGGUGUGAGUGACCAGUUAGCCCUUAAAAGGCAGGAAGGCUGAGAGGAGAUGGCCAAGGGUGAUGUGCUUGUGAAGAUGGGGGAAUGAUGUAGGGUAUGACAAAACACAGGUAUCACAAAGAAGGUGAUUUUAUCUCAACACAGAGGGGAUUGGAGGGUUGCCUAUGUUUUAGAUAAACAGCUAUCAACAUUUGAGUGCAUCAGCCGGUGGUGUGAAUGUAUAUCAAGACUGAAGGUCUCCCUGAGCUGGCCAGACUAAAUAGGGAGAGCAAAUAUGAAAGAGUAUAACCCCCAGACACCUGCCAAAAGAAUUUUGAAGAGAGGAACA